UUCGUUUCUAUUUUCUUCUUCUCGCUUGCAAUCUCAUUUACACCCCUACUCUCUAAAAUACUGUCAACGCUUAUACAUAGCUCUCACGCUGCCAAACCCCAAUUCACUUGCUUUGCGACCAUGAACGAUAUAAACGACCGCCAUCCUUCGUGUAUCCACUCGGCUUCACAUCACAAUACCGUGUCUAAGGAUGCAGGUCCCCCUACAUGCUCUUGUGAAGAGUGUGCCCGGUACAAGAUACCGCCUCAGUCUGAGCAAUGUUCAGCCACGGAUGGGACAUUGGAGCAGCAACAUGCCAAUAUGGCCACCAUGAGUAUAUCCUCAGCCCGCGAUGGAAACAUCAAUGCCACCUCUGCCACCUCACCUCCAAGGACUUAUCUCACACGCAGAGCCUCAGCUUCUGCCUCACCGAGGAUGCAACCAGCUGGCUUUGGAUCCCCUACAGCGCAGGUGGCGCCUCAUCAGAGACGAGCUUCAGUGGAGUUCCAUAAUCGAGAGCGCUCCUUCCAGGAGCACUCGACCUCUUGUGAUUGCAGGGGAUCAGGCGUUGGGUGCCAGUGCUCGUAUACUUGCGACUGUUAAAAAGAGAAGCGGCAGUCUCCGAGAUCAUGAAAAGUGAAAAGCGCUAAGAUCAUUUCUCGUUGUGAAUUUGAACUUAGUCCCUUAUCUUGAGGAAUAAAAAUGAGAUUACCCCAUGAACCAAAGUAGUUUCCAUUUAGUGUGACAUGUGGUCGUGCAGAAAAAAAAA